GCGGACCCGGCCCGCAGACGGAAGGGCGCAGCCGGAGCCCGUGGCGGGGAACGACGGCAGACUUUGCCAGGGCCUUGAGCGCCGUUGGAGUGGGCUCCCCGGGACUGUGUGGAAGGAUAGACCUUGGACUUCACGUCCCGUGGUGCCCCGCGGCCGCUUCCGGGCCCCCGUGAUGCCCUGCGGCGCGCCGGACGCGAGGCGGCCUCGGUCAUGCUGCGCCCGCUGAGUUACCUGGGCGCGCGGCCCCUGUGCGGGCCCCCGGCCCCGCUGCUGCUGCUCGUGCGAGGCCGCAAGACCCGCCACGACCCGCCGGCCAAGUCCAAGAUCGGGCGCGUGGCGACCCCGCCCGCGGUGGACCCUGCGGAGCUGUUCGUGCUGACGGAGCGUUACCGGCAGUACCGCCAGAUCGUGCGCGCCCUCAGGCUGCAGUUCGUGUCCGAGGUGCGGAGGAAGAUGCACGAGGCGCGGGCCGGGGUCCUGGCGGAGCGCAAGGCGCUGGAGGACGCCACUGAGCACCGCGAGCUGAUGGCCUGGAAUCGGGCGGAGAACCAGCGGCUGCACGAGCUGCGGAUAGCGAGGCUGCGGCAGGAGGCGCGGGAGCAGGAGCAGCUGCAGGCCGAGGAGAAGGCCCAGAAGGCCCGAGAGAGACAGGCCUGGAUGCAGCUCAAGGAGCAAGAAGUGCUGCAGCUGCAGGAGGAUGCAAAAACCUUCAUCACCCGAGAGAACCUGGAUGCUCGGAUAGAAGAAGCGUUGGACUCCCAAAAGAGCUACAACUGGGCCAUCACCAAAGAGGGACAGGUGGUCAGGCCACAGCACAAGGGCAGCUAAGGGCCCGGUAAGGACAGUGCCUGCCCAGGGACUGUGUGUGUACACGGGUGUGACCUGGGAUAAAACAGUGGUGUUUCUUCUGAAGAAGGAAGCUCAGCCUAUUCCAUUGUGGCCCUCUUGUUUUGGCCUCUGCACCCACCACUUGAUCAGUGCCCUUCUCUGCCCCCUGUACAACUGUCAGCACAGCACUAAGGUUUCCAUCUCACAGAGGGGCAGACUGGACCAUAGUCGUGGGGUCAUCUCCUGAGUAUCCUCGAGGGUGGUCAGUGGUUGGCAAAUGGGCCAAGUCUGGUCUACUACCUGUUUUUGUAAAUAAAGGUUGGUUUGAAUACA